AUGGCGGGAGCUCAGGAAGCCCGUAAGCCACUAGAGGGCGUUAGGAUCUAUUCGGAGGAGAAGCAUUACAUCAUCUUUGGAUGCUUCGAGAAGGAAAAUUUUAAAAGAAGAGGAAGUGGCCCAAAAGGCUUCCCAGUCUGUGACAAGUCUGUAUGGCACCAAGUACGAAGUGGGGCCAAUCUGCUCAGUCAUCUGGACCAAGUUUUUAGGGUUAAUGUCAGAAAUGGAGACGAGAUCAGCAAACUGACUCAGCUUGUGAAUUCGGACAAUUUUAAGCUCAACUUCUGGAAGUCUCCCUCCACCUUCAGUCGGCCUGUGGAUGUUCUGGUCCCAUCUGUCAGUCUGCAGUCAGUCAAAUCCUUCCUGAAGACCCAGGGCUUGGAGUAUUCAGUGACAAUUGAUGACCUACAGGACCUUUUAGAUAUUGAAGAUGAAGAAAUGCAACUCAAUGAAGGGCAAGAGCGGAGUGAUAAUAACUUCAACUAUGGGGCGUACCAUUCUCUGGAAGCUAUUUACCACGAGAUGGACAGCAUUGCCACCGAUUUUCCUGAUCUGGCAAGUAGAGUGAAGAUCGGACAGACGUUUGAAAAGCGGCCCAUGUAUGUACUGAAGUUCAGCACAGGAGGAGGCAAACAGAGGCCGGCCAUUUGGCUGAAUGCAGGCAUCCAUUCCCGAGAGUGGAUCUCGCAAGCCACUGCCAUCUGGAUGGCAAGGAAGAUUGUAUCUGAGUAUGGGAAAGACCCAGCUAUCACCUCCAUCUUGAAGAAAGUGGAUAUUUUCUUGUUGCCUGUGGCCAAUCCUGAUGGAUAUGUGUACACGCAAACCCAAAACCGGUUAUGGAGGAAGACACGGUCCCUGAAUCCGGGAAGCCACUGCAUUGGCACUGAUCCAAACAGAAACUGGAAUGCAAGUUUUGCAGGAAAAGGAACCAGUGACAACCCUUGCUCUGAAGUGUACCACGGCCCACAUGCCAAUUCUGAAAUAGAGGUGAAAUCGGUAGUAGAUUUCAUUGAAAAACAUGGGAAUUUCAAGAGCUUCAUUGACCUGCAUAGCUACUCACAGUUACUGAUGUAUCCUUAUGGGUACACAGUCAAGAAGGCCCCGGAUGCCGAGGAGCUGGAUGAGGUAGCAAAACGUGCAGCCAAAGCCCUGGCUUCCCUGUCGGGUACUGAGUACGAAGUGGGCCCGACCUGCACCACCGUCUACCCUGCCAGUGGGAGCAGCGUUGACUGGGCAUACGAUAAUGGCAUAAAGUAUGCAUUCACAUUUGAGUUGAGAGACACAGGACAUUUUGGCUUCCUCCUGCCUGCCAACCAGAUAAUCCCUACUGCGAAGGAGACAUGGCUGGGGCUGAAGACCAUCAUGGAGCAUGUGCGGGACAAUCUCUACUAAUGAGGGGACCUUCUGUCUAUGUUGAUUUGUAUCCAUGUGUACACUCAUUGAGGCUGCUAUUAAAGGAGCUCAUUCUUUCAUGCCUGAGCCAGAUCCUCUAGGUUAGAGAGCAUGGCUGGGCCAUUCCCUGGAGUUCCCUGUGAGGAGUGCUUCCCCAGCCUACCCUGUUUGGUCCUGUUGCUUUGCUGAGCCUUUGGUAUACCCCUCCUUCCACACAGUGGGGCAGACCAUAGUCAGGGUUGUCCCUUCCUGGGGGACAUAGCUCUACCUCAUUUUCAGAACCAAAGAGCAUUUCUGAUUGUUCUGUACCCUCCUCCACAUGUAACCAUGUGGGUUCUUGUGGGGCCCAUGGAAGGCACUGUGUGAGACAAUACUUAUCUUUAGUUGGAUCACAACGUCCUUUAAUUUAUUUAACUCUUUCUGGACCAAAUUUGUCUUUUUCUUUCUUGAGACAGGAGUCUC